AUGGUGGACGGCACGGUGGACGACUCGGUGGACGGCACGGUGGACGGCUCAGUGGACGGCACGGUGGACGGCACGGUGGAUGGCACGGUGGACUACGCGGUGGACGGCUUGGAGGGGGUCUGCGGAGCCGUUCCGGUGGUAUUGUGGAGCCCGUCCAUGGUGGACGGCACGGUGGACGACUCGGUGGACGGCACGGUGGACGGCUCAGUGGACGGCACGGUGGACGGCACGGUGGACGGUGCGGUGGACGGCACGGGACGGGUCAGAGGGCCGGACACCGGUGAGAAGACCAGGGAUCGAGGGCCGGACACCGGUGAGAAGACCAGGGAUCAAGAGCCGGACAUCGAUAAGAAGACCAGGGACCGAGAGCCGGACACCGGUGAGAAGACCAAGGACCGAGGGCCGGACACCGACACUGGUGAGAAGACCAGGGAUCAAGAGCCGGACACGGGUCAGAAGAUCAGGGACCGAGAGCCGGACACCGGUGAGAAGACCAGGGACCGGGAGCCGGACACCGGUGAGAAGACCAGGGACCGAGAGCCGGACACCAGUCAGAAGAACAGGGACCGAGAGCCGGACACCGGUGAGAAGACCAGGGACCGAGAGCCGGACACCGGUGAGAAGACCAGGGACCGAGAGCCGGACACCAGUCAGAAGAACAGGGACCGAGAGCCGGACACCGGUCAGAAGAACAGGGACCGAGAGCUGGACACCGGUGAGGAGACCAGGGACCGAGAGCCGGACACCAGUCAGAAGAACAGGGACCGAGGGCCAGACACCGGUGAGGAGACCAGGGACCGAGAGCUGGACACCGGUCGGUGGAGCAGCGUCCCGAGAACAAACCAGAGCGCGUGGGGCGGACCAAUGCCGAGACCAAUCUUGCCACGUGCGCUGCGCUCCAAUCCCCGGGGCACGCCGUGCGUGCUGGGCCUGGUCUGCGCCAGCACCGUGUGCGUCAACCACCGCUGCGUCGACUGCAAGAGAGACUCGGACUGCGUGGGCGACUUCUUCUGCUGA